CGAAGGGGAAGUGGGGCCGGCGCUGCUUGCCGGGACUGUGGUCCUGUAUGCGUGCCCAGACUUCUGUCUUGGUGUACCUACUCUAUCUUGUAUCGGUUGCAACCUUGAGCAUCCUUUUCCAACUCAAUUUCUUGCCCGCGACAGCACAAUCGUUAAUUUAUUGCGACGAAGAAUUGACUGAAAUGCCAAAGCUCGCGCGCCCGGCACAUCGGCACUGGAAGCACCAGAGAAGGUUCAGAUUCCGCAGCUACUCUAAAGCUAAGGUACUCUACUUGAUCGACAGACGCGGACUGGUUGGAUCCACUCGACGCUGCCAAGAGUGGAAAUGCUUCCGCCAGAUGCGACUGAAGACUCUGAUAUGUAACAGUACCGUCUGUGAGCUCAAGGAGUCAAGGAUGGCAAUUCACACGGUCUUUCGGACUUUUGAGAAUACCGAUGAUUAUUCGUACCACGCGUCCGGCUCCGAAGAGACCGAUAUGGUCGGCUACUUGAGUAGCAUCUGGCAUUGAAUGGCAGUCGGAAUUGUUCUUUGCACGGGUAGUGGUGUCUCUCGACGCUAAAAUUUUUGGUGGUGGGUUUUUUCCUGAUCCCAACGAUCUUUCUUCUUCCCACCACCAAGAUGGAGAGGAGGUCAAAGCUUCGGUACGUACCGACUACGCACGGCCCUACUUACACUUGCGAUGCCCUCGGCUUCCACGGAACUUUUGUGCUCCUUUCUCAGUAAUCCGGCUUAAGGGUAUCCGUGUUAUGUAUUCACCAGGCUUCCGUGAAAUUGAUCCUUC